AUGACGUCCACUUCAUAUGAAGAGUAUCUGAGAUGUCCCUUUUGUCGUUACGGUAGCCAUGACUUCGACGAUCUCGACAGGCAUGUCCAGCAAGCCCACGCUGACAAGCGGCAUCGGGACGAUAGGACGUCUCAUCCUGACUCCCCUCGGCAAACCGACAGGUCAGACCUCAAUGACUUUCAGCUGGCACAGCUACUCGCGUUUGAGGAAGCCGGACUCCCCUCCGAACUUGCCUUAACCGAUCGCCCCUGUCUUCCUGGCAGCGAUGGCGCCGGGAAAGGGGAAGCUGCGAGGAAAGAUUCAUCGCCUGCCAGUGUGUCAUCCCCGAGGCAGGGCGACGAAGAGCCUUGGGUUGGAUGCGUUUGUGGCGAACGUGUCCACUUCCUCGAACUCGAUGCCCAUGCCGACAUGCAUGCUCAGGAAGACGUAUCCAUGGAUGAGGCAGAAACGGCUUCCAAUGGCGAGCUGUCCGGCCCUAUCCCGACUGCCGAAGAUGCCUUAGAUGAUAUCUCCAAUGCCUUCAACACCAACAUUCCUAGUUCGCUCCGAAACUAUGACCAAUUGAAUCCCAAGACCCCUCCUUCAAGCGGCAAACGACGAGUUCCUUCUCUUCGAGAGAUUUUCCUGGGCACUUCUGCAUCACCGAAGCGAAAGUCCCCGUCCGACGCGGUACCAUCUAACAUUGGAAAGACGAAGCGUUUGGGGAGGGCCGAAUUGGGGCCAUACGCACACGAACCCCAGAUGCCGAACUGGCUUCGCCGGAUGCUUGAAGAGGGUGCCAAAGUCACCAUCACUAACAGAAUUGGGCCUGACGGAACCUUGAUCAGAGUGGAAAGCGUUUCCAAUGAGACCCCGAACCUCGUUCCAGUUCUCGCACGACUGUCCCAGUUGGACAGGAGUGUUGAACGAGCCUUCUACUGCAGUCCCGAAGUGCGUCAUGUAUGCAAGAUGCCCAAGGAGGGAGGAUUCUGUGGGUACCGGAACAUUCAGAUGCUCAUCUCGUAUAUUCAAGGCGCUGGCGCUCCCGGGGCCGAACAUUUCCCCGGAAGAGUGCCGUCGAUCUUGAAGAUCCAGGACAUGGUGGAGCAUGCCUGGGACAAGGGGUUCAACUCGAAUGGACGGGUCGAGACUGGUGGGAUCAGGAUGACAAGGAAAUAUAUUGGCACCCCUGAAGCCCAAGCACUGUUCAUGAGUUUGGGCAUCCCCUGUGAAGCGCCCGCAUACGGCACGACCAAAGACGUAGAAGGCUGCGAGACAAUGCUUUGCGCAGUUUGCGAGUACCUGGACGAUGAGCAGACCAAGGACAAUUUGGACAAGGUGGUCAUCACGAAUAAGCCGCCGAUUUACUUCCAGCACCAGGGCCACUCCAUGACCAUUGUGGGAGUUGAAAGCAGAGUGGACGGGGCGGUGAACCUGGUCGUUUUCGACCCCAUGUUCAAUCCCAGUCCUGCUCUCAAGAAGCUCGCCUUUUCCGAUCCGACGGGAUUCCGUUGUGGUGACCCCGAGAGAUUAAUCAAAGCACAUCGCCGGGGAGAACGGUAUCUGGGGAAGUAUCGGGAAUUUGAGCUGCUGAGAUUGCAAUGA